UGCUGUGUCCAUGUUAGAUAGAUCCCCAUCGGACUAUAAAAACCACGGAGGAAUACACGCGCGAGGAAAUGUACCGCAGAACUCAGAAGCCAUUUUGAAAUAAUGAGGGCGUCCCUGUUGAGAAAAGCCGUGAAGAUGCAGAGAACCAACGAGCAGGGCCACUCUCCUGUCUGUGCCUCCUCUCUCCCUCCAUCAUGGCAGCUGUCUACCGACGGGACAUUAGCCGAGCGGCGCUGCUCGCUGAGUUAAAACGUCAUUGACAUGAAAGAGGACGGUGUCCGUUCACUGUCUCUGUGGGAGACGUGUAACACCGUGAGUUUUUCUCCAGUCUGACAUCUUCCAGCAUCUCUCCCAGUCUCCCUCUCUGUCACCGGAGCGAGGGGGAGGCAGAUCCGCUGUGUCCAAUGGCCUGUGUGAGCCUUGUCUCCAGUCCCCCAGCCCCUGUCCUUGACAAAAACAUGACAGACUCUGAGCUUGCAGGAGAUGAAAGAGAGGAUGGGGAACUAGAAGAUGGAGAAAUAGAUGAUGAAGGGAUAGGGAUUGAAGAAGAAAACAAAGAGGCUACAGAGGUGAAUGAAGAUAAAGAAAAAGAGCGAGUUAAAGAAAAAGAAGACAAGACACACAGGCACUCCAGGAAAAGAUACAAAAAGACCAAAGAGAAGAGGAGGUCGAAGAAGAGGAGACGUGACAGACAGAAACACCACUCCCCCUCCAGCAGCUCCAGCUCCGACAGUUAUGACUCCGACUACGACCGACCUGAAAGGCCUAAAAGCAGGAAGAGCCAGGGAUCUAACCGCGAGUCUGACUGCCUGCCCUCUCAGCAUGGACGGGACUCAAAAGGAGGCCACGGCAACUCGCAGAAGUCCCCGCCGCACAAGAGCAGUGAUUUUGACAAGUACAGUGACUACAGUGAUGAAUAUGAUGAAGACGAGGGCGAUUACGACGAUGGCAUGUCCGAGUAUCCGCAGUCAAAAGAUUCCCCAAGUCAGGGAAGGGGGCGCUAUGCUACAGACCAGAUGAGGAGAGGAGGCAUGAGGGGGAUGAAACAACAGUUUGGGCAGAGGGGAAGAGGCAGAGGGAGCGGACCAGGCAGAGGACGUGGGAUGCUCAACAAGAAUAAGAAGCUGAAGGGAAAACCCUGGUGUGGACGUGGGCGAGGUCGAGGAGGCGAUCCGGGAAUGGAAGAAAUGGAAGGAAGAAAUUGUUCUGGUUUUCAUAAGAAACGACCAAUAAUGAGCAAGGAGUUCAUCAGUCAGCACACAGUCGAACACAAUGGUCGAUACAUCUGCAAGUAUUUCCUGGAGGGCCGAUGCAUCAAGGGGGAACAGUGCAAGUUUGAACAUGAGCUUGUCGUGCCAGAUAAGAAAAAGGAACUGUGUAAAUUUUACCUCCAAGGAUACUGCAGCAAAGGAGAUAACUGCAUUUACAUGCACAAUGAAUACCCGUGCAAGUUCUUUCACACAGGAGCCAAAUGUUAUCAAGGCGAACACUGCAAAUUCUCCCACGAGGAGCUGAACGAUGUGACCCAGGAGCUGCUUGAUAAGAUAAUUAACACUGAAGAGGAGAAUGCCCGUGAGGACGAACUGGAGCUGGAGGAUCUGAGAAAGCAGGGUAUCGCCCCGCUUCCAAAGCCUCCUCCUGGGGUGGGGUUGCUUCCCACUCCUGGUCAGAGCAGUCCCAUGGAUGGAGAUGGAGCCUCCGGCCAAGCUGGGAAGAAGAUCCCCUCCCUCUUUGAAAUCAAUGUCCAACCUACUGUUGACUUGGUGCAAAAAAUUGUCAGUGGAUCAAACUACUCCCAGAAUCAAGAUGAUGGCGCCAAUCAGUUUAGUGGUGGCUCAGAGGACACGCAGAGUGGAGGUAUGGGGCCUUCGGGUUCCACUGCUCCUUCUAUUCCUCCCCCUGGUUCACCUGGUGCCAUGGGUCACCCCACAGGACCGCCAUUGCCACAGAGCCCGCCAGGUCAGCACCCUCCCCCAGGAUUUCCUUGUCAACCGCCACCCUUCCACGGAAACCGACCCAAUAUCAAUCCUCAGAUGAAUAUGCAGAGGCCUCCGUUCCCUCCGAUACCAGAUCUACAGAUGCUGCCAAAUCACUUCCCAUUUCCAUCGAUGGGUCAGAACCCAGUGGACGUAUUUGGCAGCUUCCUCCAGAACCAGGCCAUGGGUCAACAAGGAGUAGACCCUGGUCGGGCCUUCAUACAGAACCUCCAGCAACAUAUUGGUGCAGAGACCCAGUUGCAGUCGUUACCACCAGCAGUGCAGAAAGCCAUCUUUUUACACCUGACACAGCAACAGGGGAAUGACCCACAGAGAGCAGAGGUUCAGGAUGAUAACAACACAAACAGAGAUGAAACUACAAACUGGUACUCGAGCGAUGAGGAGGAUGGGAGCUGUCUUGCUGCCAUCCUUAAAGCUCUGAAAAAGCAGAGUGAGAUGCAGCACCCUCAGUCCAAGCUUCCUCAGGCUGCGGUACCGGUACCGGGCGACCCUCGGCUAGUAAAAGAGAGGGCCCCACCCAGUGACCCGCGUGUGAAGACAGACCCUCGACAGCGACCUCCCGAUGUGAAAAAGGAGUCGGAUGGAGCUGCAGAUGCCCGGGUCUCCAGAGACCCUAGGAAGAUAAGGCCAAUGGAGAAAAGUCCAUAUCGCCAGCAGAGCAACCUCGUUCCUCAGAAGCCUCCUACUGGAGAGGAGGAUGAUGAGGGAGAGAGGGAGCUCAGGGACAGAGCUGUUCUCAUCCCUCUUGAAGCCGGCCCCAGUGUGGUGCUGCGGGACCCUCGUUGCCAGUUAAAGCAGUUCAGCCACAUCCGGGUGGACAUUCUUCUCCAGCGGCCGGCCUUUGCUCAGACCGUGGUGUGGGCCCCUGAGGACCUCAUCCCGUCCCUGAUCCCCAAACAGGAACUCUCCAUCAACCUCCCUCUGCCACCCCUCAUCGCUGACGCUCAGAUGAACCGAACCAAAAUGCCCGACCAUCCCCCAGUAUCCAGCCCUCCGCUCUCUGACCCCAGGUUGAUAGCUGCACGUUUGAAGGAACGUAUGAACUGCUUGCCCUCUGGAUCUUUAGAGUCUCGAUUCCCCACAGAGAGACCUAUAGACCCGCGCCAGCAAAAGAGUCUAGACCCAAGACUCAAGCGUACUGGAAGUCUGGACUCCAAGCUGCUGGUUCAGAAAGAGCCCUCCUCUGGGGGAGGGGCGGUGGACCCAAGGCUACAAAAAGCCAACUCUUCUCCUCAAGCCGCUCGAGCCAAGCCAGAACCAGAGAAGCUGCCGCCAUACGCACCUCGUCUGGCAUCCAGUGGUGGAGGGCUGGAGAGUCCGACCACAAUCCUUGGGGGCAUCAGCCUGACAACCAGAUAAUCAGCAAAAGACGUCAGCAAAGAAAGAAAAGUACUAUCCUGAUGAAAUUGUAUUUUGUGUUUGUGUUUAAUGUGUUGAAAGUUAUGGCUAUUUUGGAUCUUAUUUCAGUUCAUUUUAUCACAUGGGGUAUUGUGUGUUAUAGAGGUCGAUUGUUGUAGAUCUAUGGUGGCAUAUCAAUUGGAAGAUUGUUUUUGAUUGACAGCUGUUUUUAGUUUCACUGAAGCUAAGCCAUUUCCCUUUUUUUAAUCGUUUUCAUAGUCCACAAUGUAAAUGCAUAUUUUGUAUCACUUAUACGGUGUGGUUUUUUUUGGGAGUGUUUUAAUGAAUACUGUUAAUUUUGUUCCUGUCAGUAUGGUGGCUAUAAUAAUACUUUAAAAUAUUGUAACAACACACAUGCCCGUCACAUUUCAGUGAUUUUAUUAUCAUUAUCUUAAAUAAAGACAUAAAACAUCCA